CAUUUUCACAUUGGCGCUUUGCCCCCCACCACAACUACGCAAAAGAUGAAGUCGUCCAUGAUCGCCUCCCUUCUCAUGCUCGGCCUCGCGCACGGUCUGCAGCUCUCGGCGCAAGAGAAGGACGACAUCAAGGCCGAAAUUGACGCGUGGAAGAAGAGCCGCGCCGGUCAGCUCGCGGCCAAGAACGGUCUCUUGCCGGAGCCGUCCAACUUGGAGUCGGGCGAGAUCGACGACGGCAGCGAAGAAAUCGAGCGCUUUGCCCACACCAAGCAGGUCGUCGCGGAGCUCAACAAGAAGCACCCGCACGCCAAGUUUUCGACCAACAACCAGUUUGCGCUCAUGACCGAAGACGAGUUUGCGGCCUUUGUGAAGGGCUCGUUCAGCGCAUGA